GUCAAGAUGGCGGCCACGGAGGCUGGAGACGAGCGUGCUGCCGCUGAAGUUUUGCGAGGACUCGCUCGGCAUUUAAACUGUCUGAGUGAAGACAACAAAAGCACCAGGAAAAGGGCUCUGGAGGCUAUAAAGAAGGAGACGGUGGACAGAGGGCUGUCCAGCGGCGUCUUACAGGAGGUGUUCUCCUCCCUCCUCAAGCCUCUCUUGAAAUGCCUGUCAGACCCGAUGGAGAGAUGCAGGGAAACCGCCAUCCUCAUGCUAGGAGAGUUUAUCCGCUGCGUCCCGAAACCCGAGGAGUCCCUGCCUUAUCUCAUGCCGUGUCUGGCUCAGCGGCUCGGGGGGAACGACAUCCUGGAGCCCGCGGAGGAGCUCCGGCUGUCGGUGAUGGAGGUGCUGACUCUCACCGUGGAAGUGUGCGGGAAGCAGCUAGCGCCUUACUUACACGACAUGAUCAACAUCCUGCAGAGGACCAUCGUCGACCCCUUUCCAGACGUCAAAAGAGAGAGCUGCAAAUGCACGGUCAACUUUGCCAAGAGUGUGCCCGAGCACUUUCACAUGCAAGCUGAGAGUCUGGUCAAGCCCCUGAUGCAGACCAUUGCCCAUCAGCACUCCCAGGUGAGAGUGUCUGUCAUCGAAGCCACUGGGGCCGUCAUCCGGCACGGUAACGGGAAAAAUGUGGAUGACGUCCUCUCUCACCUGGCACAGAGACUGUUUGACGACUCACCACAGGUGAGAAAAACAGUGACAAUUGUGGUCGGUGAUUGGCUGCUCCACAUGCCCGACAGAUACUCAUACUUUCACAAACUCCUCCCUCUCCUGCUGAGCGGCAUCAGUGAUGAGAUCCCAGAAAUAAGACUUCUGGCAGCUGACCUUUGGAGGCAGACAGGCACUCAGUGGGAGAAGGAAAAUGAGAAUGACAUCAAGGACAAGAUGGACUUCCUCCUCAGCCCACCUCCCCUCUACCCAGCAGGAGUGGAGCGUCCUGGGCUGGGCUGCAGGGAGCUUGUGGUGAGGAACCUGAGCAGGCUGGUGCCAGCCAUCACCCAUGAUGUGACCGACUGGCUGGUGCCCACACGGGUCAAAACCUCUCAGCUGCUUUCUGUGCUGCUGCUCCAUGCCGAGGACCACUGCACCCAACACCUGCAGCCUCUGCUCGCCACCCUGUAUCGUGCCUGCACCGACAGCGAGAGAGAUGUGGUCACCAACUGUCUUGCAGCUGCUAAGCUUCUGGGAACCUUCGUCCCUCCUGAGGUCUUCCUCAAGCUGCUGCUGGGCCAUGUAGAGACCGCCUCCUCUUUCUCCCACCCGUGGACCCCCCUCAUGGUGCUGGCUGCGGUGCUGGGAGGCUGCUCCGGCCCCCUCCUUAAACCCCACCUCCAACAGAUUGCCGACACCCUGGCCCAGCCUGACGUCUGCCAGGAAUAUCAACAGGUCAAGUACUUGGAGCAGUUGUUGGCCUGUGUGGAUGUGCUGUUGUGCCAGUGUGAGGCCGACUGCAGCACAGUCAGCCUACAGCUGCUGCAGGUGCUGAUCACCGUCCAGAGUGCGUCCACUGAGCCACAGCUCAGUGAUAAGGCCCUGGAGAGCAUGCGGUGCUUGUGUAAGGUGCAAGGCCUGGACUCAGUGAUGGUGCUGUAUAGACAACACAUGGGCCAGCUGCUGGACUGGCUGUCUGCCUCUGUCAACACCUGGUCCAGCUAUUCCCUGCAGAGACUCCAGCUGCAUGUCAUAGCCGUACAGUCAGGUCCAGUGUUAGGGGAGUUUGUGAGCCAGCUGAUGCCGCUACUCCGGAGCUGCCUCCACCCAGACAGAGACCCAGAGAUGAGGAUGAGCAUCUUCACAAUGCUCGCCAAACUACUGCUAGAUUCAGGCAACACACUGAACUCCCAGGGACGUUUCUGUGAUGAAUCAGAGAUGUUUCUAUGUGAGGCGCUGCUUCCUAACCUGGUGUGGCACGCAGGCCGCACUGCCGCUGCCAUCCGCACCGCGGCCCUCAGCUGCCUGCUGGCCCUGCUGCACGGAGGGACCGUCACGCCUGGACAGCUGCUGCGUGUGGAGGAGAAGCUGAGUCCCCAGGUGUUGUCUGCUUUAGAGGAGGACUCCCAGAUGGCUAGACUGCUGGCCUGUCGCUCCCUGUCCACCAUUCUCAAACUCACAGGACCAAGUCUGCACCCUGAUGCACUCAACAAGAUCUACCCAGAGCUGCUGAAGCGUCUGGACGACAGCAGUGAGGAGGUGCGCCGCAUGGCUCUGCAGGCUCUGGGGCUGUGGCUGUCCAGCCUGACCAAAGACUACAACCCCAAACUGUGCGCUCGUCACCUGGAGUUGCUCUUCCAGCAGCUCCUCCUGCACCUGGACGACCCUGACAACUCAGUGCAGGAACAAGUGCUCGGGGUCCUGAAGACAGGCAGCUCAGUCUACCCGGCACUUUUAAAGAGGGAAGUGGAGGCGGCGAGGGACAAACAGCGCAGCCCUGCCUACUGCGACCAGUUGCUCCAGCACAUCAACUCACUACCAGAGGAGACUGGAGACUGUGCAGAGUAACACCCUGUUACUCUCUGAAACAAAUGCAAAGACUGGAGUUUGUGCCUUAGUUUAAAGAAUUACCCUUCUCAUUUUCACCUUUUACUGUAAAACCAGUGUUGAUGAACAAUCUAACACGAACUAAUGUGAUUGGGCUGUUUUCCACGCUGGUGGCCUUGUGUUAAAGGACUAGUUCAACCCCAAAAUGAAAAUUCAGUCAUUAUCCAGAUGGUGGACUUGAGUUGAGUUUUGACCUACAUGAAAGUCAGUAAAUAAAGACUGAGUAUUCUUUUUGGUGCGAACUAUUCUGAUAAUUCAUGAAUUCAGCUGGAUACUCUCCUCGGACCUCUGUCCUUAUUGCGACUUCUUUUAGAGGCACAUUUUGUUCAUUUCCUUUCGUUUUCAUGUUUGGCUGUUUGUUCAUGAAACUUCCUCAUGCAUUUAUUGUUAAAUGAACUUUUUAUUCCUUUUGCGCUGAUUUAUAUUCAUUCUGUGGUUUUAAUGAAACAAAGUGCUUUUUUAUUCA